AUGGAGACGGACGCCACGGCUGAGGCAGCAGCGGUUGCUUAUGAGGAUAUUAUCACUAGAUUUGGCGCUGCGCCAAUUACGGAUGAUCUUCUGAAGAGGUUCGAGACUGUCACGGGCACCAAGGCUCAUCCCAUGCUCCGUCGUGGUUUGUUCUACGCCCACAGGGACUUUGAAGAGUUCCUCAGCUACUACGAAAAGGGACAUCCCAUUUACAUAUAUACGGGUCGCGGCCCUUCAUCGGGGGCUCUGCACCUUGGACACCUUCUACCCUUCAUUUUCACCAAGUACCUCCAGGAUGCAUUCAAGUGUUACGUAGUUAUACAGAUCACGGACGACGAAAAGUUCCUCAGAAAUAGAAGCCUUUCUUAUGCAGAGGUAGAUAGCUAUACCAGGGAAAACAUCAAGGACAUUAUUGCAUGCGGCUUUGAUCCGGAUAAGACGUUUAUUUUUAUCAAUUCGCAGUACUUGAGCCUCAAAAACAGGUAUAGAUUCUCUUGCCUCGUCGACCGCAUGCUCCCUAUCAGUCAGCUGCGUGCCUCCUUUGGCUUCAGUAACGACGCAAACGUAGGAUAUGCAGCGUUCCCCCCGAAACAGAUGCUACCUGUAUACAGCACCUACUUUGAUGGCCUUCCUUUUACGAGAGUACCCCUCCCUGUCGGCACUGGUAACGAGGAUGCAGCAGAUGCAGUGAGCACCAAAAAGGCAUCCAAGAAGACACCCAAAAAGGACGCUGUCCUUUCUCCUGUGCAUGUUGUUGAAGAACUGUUCCCUGACAGCAAAAGGUACCAGAAGGCCAUGUGCCUUAUCGCCUCCGGUAUCGAGCAGGACCCUUACUUUCGAUUGGCUCGCGACCUGGCCCCGCGUAUGGGGCACCCUAAAAAUGCGUACUUGCUAGGGAAGUUCUUGCCUGGUCUCCAGGGAAGUGGCACUAAGAUGAGCGCCUCGGACCCAAAUAGUGCUAUCUAUUUGACGGACACCCCCGCACAGAUCAAAAAUAAGAUCAAUAGGUACGCAUUUUCAGGCGGCAGGGACACAGAAGAGGAACACCGUGCCUUCGGGGCAGACCUUAGUGUGGACGUGAGUGUUCGAUACCUUGAAGUCUUCAUGAAAGACGAUGCAGAGUUGGAAAAAUUGAAGGCAGACUAUAAAGCAGGCAAGCUUUUGACAGGGGAAGUCAAAGCGACACUCAUAGGCAUUCUGCAGGGACUUAUUAAGGAGCAUGCGGAAAGAAGAGAUAAAGUCGACACCACCAUGAUAGAAAGCUUCACAGUGAAGAAGGAGUUACAGUAG